UUGAUUUUUGACAAGAAUGUAGGUGGCGCGCAAAUCGUUACUGUCAAAAUGGAGAGUAAUUCCCAAUUUCUACUGGAAAUCUCCCUCUUGUGCAAAGUUUAACAGUUCAGCAGUUGCCUACAGAGACAAUUAAACCAUCUAUGUCUUUGGAAUCAAUAAGUUCUUCUCAUGAGGAUAUUUUACCUUUGUCUAAUUUUUAAAAAAUGAAAUUUGUAAAUUAAAAUGAAAUUUGUAAAUUUUUUUUGAGAUAGCAUUAAUGGGUGCCUUCCCUCUACAAACUUCAGUGCCAAAAAAUGUAUGAAUCAACUCACAACAAAAUAAUGAGAGUAUUUUACCGCCAUUUAGUAGAUGUUGGAAAAAAAAUGUAACAAAAUUUAAUAAGCGUUGAGAUGAUGAUUUUUCUUAAUGCUAUCAUGAUUAAUUAGACUUAUUACUGAGAAAUUAAAUCACAAUUUUUAUGCUUUCAACCUUGCGAUAAAAACAGAUUGACGCAAAAUAUUUUUUUUCGGUUUUAAGACACCAAUUAGUGGAAUACGGGGGAAAAUUUUAUUUCACCUGCUGUGAAUACUAAAAAAAAGGUGCGAAAUGCUGUAUUUUCAUUCAAGCAAAGAACCACGCAGAGACAAUUCUAUUGUCCGCUCUUUUCGUAAACUCGGGAGAAAAGUUUAGCUAAUGUUUGUAAAUAAUGUUGUAUUUGGAUUUCUUAUCACGUACCUCGAGGUCCACAAAUGCGAAGGGAGGGGAAGCAUUUUUCCUUAGUUGCAAGCGCAUUUUUUUUUGGAUGGUAGGAAAAAAAAGUGUUGAGCUUUAUAGGUGGUCACACGUUGCUAACCUCAUGCGGAGGAGGGAAAGUGCUAAUUUUGAAUUAUAAAAAAAAAAUUGCAUAUCUGGUGAAUUGCAGAGUGUUGCUAAUAAAUGGUUUUUGGCACAUCUUUUUGCCUGGAAAUUGACAUAAAGUAUAUAUCAGUGUGUGGACUCUCUCAUAUUAAAACGAUCUUGAGAGAUUUUUGUACGAGAAGCUCACAUAUACGUGAGCCAAUAAAAAACCUCACAAGACGUCAGACUCCGAAGCCUGAGAUUCUAUAUAAAAGAUCCGAUCGACUCAGUGGCAAUAAUCAGUAACACGUUACCUUUUGUCUCGAGAACCAUCUCUCAUGAGGAAGGAGAUUUCUGUAUGGUUUUUUUUCUUGACUUUGUGAUCAUCUCGUGAGUUCGGAGUACUCUUGGUUCUAUUUUUGGACUAAAAGAAAAAUCUUUCGAGACUUUUUUUUAAAGAAUUUUUCCACUGGAUUUUUCCCAAAAGGAAAUUCCUCAAAAUAAAUUAAUUUAAAUUUUUGCAAAAAGUGAUCGUGCAAGUGACUUGAUCAUCGGGACUGUGAUUUUCACAAAAACGUGUAUUUUAUGAAGCAUAAGACACAAAAAAAAAGAAUUACCAUCUUGGAAGCAUCCCAACUUUAAUACUAAUCUUCCAAUCUCACAAGUUUCAUUUGUGUUUAUUUUGCAUCGAAAAGUGAAUAUACCAAGUGUUGAAGCUGUAUAAAAAAAAACAACACGCGAAAAUUACAAUAAAACGUAAACAAGUCGUGAUUUUUGCAAAAUAGCAAUUUUCUUAUAUCAAACAAUAACUUUUAAGUGGCACUGAAGGUGAUCUUUUCCCCUGGUGGAAUUGUCUGGGAAAUCACCUCCAAUCAUCGGGUUGUAGUGUGCAAUCUGUUUUUUUUUUCGAGGGAAAAUUGAAAAAAUUAUAGACCCAAGUGAUCAGUUAGACGGGUUAGGUAAUGGAGACACUGGUGAGAAAAUCUCACCAUCAGAGACAACCUUCUCUGGGGAAAUCAAUGCCAAUGUCAUCGCUGAUCAUUGAUCUCAAUGGAAGUAAAAAUAUCAGUAUUUCACAAGAUGGACGAUCACCGGAUCAUGAGGCCGCCAUCCUCUUUCCGGUUGCCGAGGAACCAGAGUGUGGUGAUCUCUUGAGGGUCGAUCUGAUGAAUCCUAAAUUGGCCGAAGCCAUCUCAAAGACAUCCAUGCUCACAUCACCGGCUGCACGGAGGCGACUUGUGGCCAGAAAAAUGGAAAUGGAUGCCAAUGCGUACAUUUCUGGUCAUCAAGAUGACCUGGAUUAUGUCCCACCCCGUGAUCUUCUCGUCUAUCUCGUUAGAAUGGGCUCUUUCAAUUCAACGCCCAAGUUCAACAAUGAAGAUAACCAGGAUGAUGACGUAGAGAUCCCCACAGGACUCACCACAACUGAUCUAUUGCAUCACUGUCGCAUAAUGCGUGGUGAUCAGCGUCCACAGUUGCUCAUGCGGUAUUUCCUGAAUCCCACAGAUCGCUGCUUUGCCUCCCAGGACAUAGCCAAUGGAAUGAGGGUCCUGAAUUUGGAUGAUGUUUCAAAGAUCUGUAGUGCACCAGUAUCUUCCCCGCGUCACAUCCGCAUCCUCCAGUGGAACGUCCUGUCACAGUCCCUUGGUCAGAAGAAUGAUGGCUUCGUCAAUUGUCCCGAUGAAGCUCUGACAUGGGAGUGUCGUAAAUAUCAAAUAGUCCAGGAAAUCGUUCAGAACGAUCCGGAUGUGGUGUGCCUGCAGGAGGUGGAUCACUUCAAGUUCCUCCAGAUGACGUUGGGUAGUCAGAACUACGAAGGCGUCUUCUUUCCCAAACCCGAUUCCCCGUGCCUCUAUGUACAGUCCAACAAUGGACCCGAUGGAUGUGCCAUCUUCUACAAGAAAAACAAAUUUGAUCUCGUCAACUAUGCCACCAGAAUUCUCCAAGUGUGGCGAGUUCAGAGCAACCAGGUGGCCAUUGCGGCUAUCCUGCGAAUUCGACAGACCGGAAAAGAGAUUUGCGUGGGUACGACCCAUCUAAAGGCUCGCCAUAGUGCUCUGUUGUCGAAGUUACGGAAUGAACAGGGCAAGGAUCUCCUGCGCUUCAUGUCCGAAGUAGCAGGAAACAGACCAAUCAUCCUCUCCGGGGACUUCAAUGCAGAGCCCGUGGAACCUGUCUACAGUACAAUUCUCAAUUUCGUACCGCUGGGAUUGUCCAGUGCCUAUGCUGAUGCUCUGGAAGAGGACUCCAGUCUUCCCACCACAGAUACCCACACAGAUUGCCAUCGCAGUGAGGACAGUUUCACGAGGCCAGAGCUGUCAGCCCGGCGGGAACCACCCUACACAACGUGGAAGAUACGAGAGGACGGAGAGGUCUGUCACACCAUCGACUACGUCUUCUAUUCCAAAGAUAAAAUGAAGGUUAACAAUUGCCUCAUGUUCCCCCAAGAUAAUGAAAUUGGAAAGGAUCGGGUGCCAAGUUUCCAGUAUCCUUCCGAUCAUUUCUCUCUCGUGUGCGACUUUGAGUUCCAGAAUGACGAAGCCCAUUGAUCACGAGGAGAAAGCCCAGCUUAAUCCAUGGUGAAGGAUUUUCCAAAUAAUAAAGUUGAAGGGACGCUAUUCAACUGUUUGAAAUCACUCAAAAGUGGAGAUUAUUGAAUUUAGAAAAAAAGGAAAUGUCGCAGGUUCAGAAGAUAUUGCGCAGGAUUUAUGUGAUUUUCAGGCAAAACAUAAUGAAUUCUUUCAAAAGCUUCUGUAAAUACAAAACUACUUGGAAUAUUUAUUAUUUUGAUAUGAACUGGAGAAAGAAAUGUUAAUUAAGAGGAUUGUUGGAGAGAAGAAAUAAAUUAUUUUUCUAUGAAAAAAAAUAACAAA